GAGUGAAUGACGAAUUUGGACCCGCCAUUUUUUGAUUCACCGAAUGAUCUUCUACUGACAUCUACCCUCAAACCUUACACAAAGUUCCUGACCUUAUCUAAGCACUCCCCUUUUUCCCCCACUUAAGAAGUUUUUGCUUACCUUCUAAAAAGAGAGAGAGAAGAGAACAGAUGUCAAUAAAAACACUAUAUAAGAUAUAGCAGCAAAGUAGUGAAUUUCCAAAGACUUCACCCCCCAUCUUUGAUCUUUUGAGAAAGAAAGAAAGAAAAGAAAUAGUAAAGUCUCUCCCUCCAUUUCUCUCUCUGUCUCUCUCUCCUUGCUCGUUUUAUCAUCAUUGCACUUCUCUUUUAACAAUGUACAUAGAGAUAGCUGCGCUCUCUCUUCAACGCCACUAAGCUGACCUUUUAACACAUUAUCAUCAAUUGAUGGAGUUCGAUCUAGAAAACCCAUUAACAAACUUCAAUGACUUCUGCCCUGCUACUACUAUCCCUUCCCUCUUCCUAGUUGAAUCUGAUCAUAUGCCCACAGAGAAUUACAUAAAGACUCUCAAAGCUAGAGAUCUUGACAUUUCCCUCAGACGAGAAGUUAUCUCUUCAAUCUCGCAGUUUUCUUGCAAAUUCGAUCCCUUUCUAUCAUAUCUUGCUGUCAAUUAUCUCGAUCGAUUCUUAUCAAGCCAAGGAAUACCGCAACCUAAGACAUGGGUUUUGAGACUUGUUGCAAUCUCUUGCGUCUCUUUAGCUGCCAAGAUGAAGAAAACAGAGUUCUCUCUUGCCGACUUACAGAGCAAUGGAGGUUUCAUAUUUGACGCACAAACAGUAGAGCGAAUGGAAUACCUAAUCUUGGGAGCACUGAAAUGGCGAAUGCGUUCAAUUACUCCGUUCUCUUUCAUCUCCUUUUUCAUUUCAUCGUUCGAGCUCAAAGACCCUCCAUUAAGGCAUGCCCUCAAAACUCGAGCUGUUGAGAUCAUAUUCAAAGCUCAAAUGGAUCAUAUAAAGCUUUUAGAGUUCAAGCCAUCAAUAAUUGCUGCAUCCGCACUUCUCUCUGCCUCCCAUGAACUUUUUCCCUUGCAAUUCCCCUGCUUUAGAAAAGCAAUUUCCAGCUGUUCAUAUGUAAAUAAGGAAAACAUGUUCAAAUGCUACAAUUCGAUGCAAGAGACAGCGAAGGAGGGAUAUGAAUCAAUGUUUGAUAUGUUUAGGAGCUCCAACACGCCCGUCAACGUGCUUGACCAGAAAUUUUCAUGGUCAGAAAGUGAAACAACCAAUGGCAUCGUUACAACCGCCACCACCAUUACUCUGAGAACAGAGAGAGACAUCAAGAGAAGAAAAAGUAAUGAUUACCGGAACAAAUCAAACGGUCCACCUUUCUCAGGUCCAACACUGUUGAUGACAGUGGAUCACAAGUUUUCAUCAACGGUCCACCUCUCUUUCCAAUAACGAAACAAAAGAAAGAAAAAAAAAAAAACAAAGGAAAAUGAGAAAUGGG